AGUCAAGUGGUAUUAAAGAAGGAGAACUUUGACGCAGAGCUAAGUUUGUUGGCGGGUUCUUUCUCAAACGAGCCCGCUGAAAAGAACGCCUCACUGCAUAGACUAUUCGAUGAAGGAUUUAGCGCUGACCCGUUUCCACAAAAGAUACUGGAUAUGCGGAAUAAAGGUGAACGACAAUCAAAGGACAUAUCACUCGCCGAAUGCAUCGAGGUUGAAGGCCGAUUGCUUUACCGAGGCAGCAUAUAUGUCCCCGAUUACGACCCUCUCAAGCUCCGAAUCCUCCAACUUUACCAUGACGCUGCUUCUGCUGGACACCCAGGACGCGAAAAAACAUUCGAACUCCCCAAUACCCCUGGGAAACUCGGUGUACUUCGACCUUUACCGAUUCCCGCACAACCAUGGCAGGAGGUAUCAAUGGACUUCGUUACCGGCCUACCGGAGAGUGAAGGGUACGAUGCAAUUAUGGUAGUUGUUGACCGGUUAACGAAGAUGCGACAUCUCCUGCCCUGUAAUACAACUGUCAACUCCGAAGACGUCGCCCAACUAUACCUGCGAAACAUUUGGAAGCUCCACGGGCUACCCACACACGUCACCUCCGACCGCGGUACGCAAUUUACAGCCAAGUUUUGGAAGGCUCUUUGUAAACACCUCGACAUCGAAGCAAGGAUAUCUACCGCCUUCCACCCGGAGACUGACGGCCAAACCGAAAGGCUGAAUGCUGUGAUGGAGCUAUCACGGGGACCGUAG